AUGCAUACGUUCUACACUAUCCGCUACCCGCCACCCAACUCCCAGAAAGGGACAGAAGAAAGCCAACCGAUCCGUGUUACCAACAAGGCCAUGGAGUCACUGCUUUUUUGCAUUGUGCACUCGAUCGAGUUUCAAAGCCCCCUGCAACCAACAAGGUUUCAUUUGGGGCCCUCCAACAAGGACCCCGUCCCGGAGGGUGAGGCAUAUGUGCGUCCGGAGGAGAACUCGAGCACGCUGCUGGGGAAUGUGACGUACGUGUCGCGAUCAAAGCAUAACCCAAGUGUUCUUGCCUCGCUCCAUGCAGCUGUUGAGGCGGCGCGUGCCAUCCCAAUUCCCGAGAAGAGCAGUCAGGUCCCCUUUGAGCUACGGGUACGGCUUCUGCGCCGGCACCGCGGUUGGUUGUGGCACGACUCUCGACCGCUAUUGGAGUGGGUGUUUCGUAUGACCAAAACGAGGGAGGAGUUUAGCUUUGCUGCCGGCCGUGGCGAUACCGGUGGGCGGCCGUAUUCUCAUACACCCCCAUUUGCAACAAUUGCCCGCGCGAAAGCGGGGCGCGCUGCCGGGGGAGUAGGACCCAACCGCAUGCAGGAGGAGGGACUGGUGUGUUCGAACGAUCCGGAACAGAUUCGCCACGUUUUGCAAUUUAUCCUGAAGCACAGCUACGACGCCAUCGACCUGAACACCUACGCCGACUUCCGAUCUGGAGAGUUAGUCUUUGAUGUGUCCGUGCAGGAGGUCCAGUGA